AUAUUUUCUACUCUUUUUUUUUUCUCAUUUGCCAUGGAGGGGAAGGGGAAGUAUUAUAUUGAGUUGCGUCAAUGGAAUCCAGAUGCACUUGAGGAGGAAGAUGAGAGUUUGGCUUGCUUUUCCACUGUAGUGUCAUCCCAUGUGCGUUGUUCGUAUUUUCUAUAUUUGAGGGGAGUCUGAGCAGUGCUUGCUUGAGGGGCCUCAAGAACGGCCAAAGAGACCUCUAUAAGGACAUAUUAAGCACGUGUGAAAUUCUUAGAAUAAUACAAUCAAAUAGAGUUUGAUUUGAAAAAAAUAAAAAUAAAAAGUAAUUAGAUUCCAAACAGCACCAAGUACAAAAUGAAAUGAAAGUGACACAAAAGGGCUCUCGGCCUAUCUGAUAGUGUAAUAUAAAGGCAACAGAGACCUCUACACCUCUCUGUGAGGAAAGCUAAAACAAAACACAAAGGCAAAGAAUCCUAAACAGCUUUAUAAUAAAACUUGCAUUAUUUGACCACCAUCAGGAUAAAAAAAAGUUUUUACAUUCAAGAAAACCAAGUUUCCCUUGUAAUUCCAUAAUGUGUUUUGAGUUUGAUUUGUAAGAUGGAGAGCUCAACAUCGAAGGUAGAGGUCAUCAUAAGGCCUAUGCUGCUUAAAACUGGGAUUCCUUUAGCUUUGUCUGUGGUUGGUUUCAUCUGUGCAAAGCUUAUGGCUAAAAGAAGCUUGAAUCCUAAAGAGUCUUUAUCAGAAGCUGAUGAUCAGGUGCUUAGAGAUGGGGAUAGCUUUCAUAGUUUCAGUUCUACAUGUGUGUUUUCCAUGGAAGAUCAUGAACCAAUUAUCAUGGAUGCAAAUGUCAUGAAUUUGGCAGAAAGUUUGGAGAUUGGAUAUAAUAAACACGAAUUGGAGGAAGAGUUUUCGUUCCUAAGAAUCCGACUUGAUGAUCUUCAAAACAGAGAAUCUGAGUUGGAGAUGCAAUUUAUCCACUACUGUUACUUGGAAGAGAAAAAAUCUGUUGUUGUGGAGCUGAGGAAUAUGUUGUUAUUGGAAAUGGCUCAUGUUGAGUUUUUCAACAGAGAAUUUUCAUCCAUGGAGGCUGAGAGCCAAAGGCUUGAGAAGUUGGUAGUAGAAUAUUUGAGGAUUUUGGAGCAACUUGAGUAUUGGAAAUCAGAAAAUGGAUUUCUUCAGAGAAAGGUAAAGAAGCUUUUGAGGAAAGCAAGUCGGCAAUCUCGAAUAAUGCAAAAACAAGAUUUGAAGCUUGAAGCUUGGGAAGCAGAAGUUUUGAGGAUAUAUGAUGUACUAGAAACAAGGACAAAGGUUAUCAAGAAAUUGGAAGAUGAAGUUGGGGAGCUGAGAGUGGUUUUGGGCCAAGUGCAGGAUGAGAAAAAUGUGCUCUUGGCAAAGCUUGAAUUGGCAGAAAAAUCAGCUUCCUCAAUCUCCAAGAUUGGAGGAGAAGGGAUCAAAAUUGAAGUCCUCAAAAAGGAAAUAGAGCAGCUGCAGAAGGAUCGUGCAGCUGAACUGAAGGAACUGGUUUACUUGCGGUGGAGCAAUGCUUGCUUAAGGCACGAGUUGAUGAGGAAUCAAGCACAAGAAGAGCAGCAAGAUCAGGAGAAGAACAAUAAUUUGGCAACAGAUUUUGAAGGAAGCGGAGAAAUUGCAGAUUAUGGGUUAGCUAGCAUGGUUUUGGAGCAUAAUGAGCCUUGCUUUGGAAUUGUGAGCGGCGAUCAGGCUUGUUCGGAAAGGCAAAAGCUAUUUCAAAGGCUUAGAAGAUUGGUGGAAGGCAGUGACAAGGCAAAAGGAAGAAGAUUGGGUGAGAAAGAAAGGAAUGAAGAAGUCAAGUGUUUUGGAAGGCAUUCUGUUUCAGCUGAUGCAGAGGCACAUCACAUUGCAAGGAGUUCUUGCGCUAGUGCUUGAACACAUACAUAUCAGUAUAUUACAUCUCUUGCUAUUCAGAUAUUAAAUUCACAUGUAAGAUGUCUCAUAGAAGGCCAAUUUCUCCUUUAAUGGUUGAGAAAGGCUAUGAAAAUGCUAAGCUUCAAAAUCACAUGUAACCCUACUGGGGGACUGAUGAUGACUUUGUAAAUCAUAUGGAACCAAUCUUUCUGACAGUUGCUUUCACUAUAAAUCUAAAUAACCAAAGCAUUUGUAUGAAGUUUUCUU